AUGCAGAGUUUUGUCUGCUGCGCGCUGGAGCUGCCUGGAGCUGCAGCAGCAGCAACAGGAGAUGUGCCUCCCUAUACAGCAGCACAGAAGCAGCUCAAACUUGUUAAGGCCAUGCUGCAGCACGGAGCCGAUAACAAAGAGGUGCAGCAGCAGCUGUUUGCGCAGAUGCAGCGGCAGCUGGACCUGGAGGGCUGCAGCUACGUUGCAGCAGCGCAGCGCAGCGCCGCAGCGGCAGAAGACGCGGGCGACGCAGCAGCAGCAGCAGCAGCAGGGGGGGAAGGACGAGCCCUGGGGUGGUGGAGCAUCACUUCUGUCCAUUCAGAUCUUAUGAAAAAAAUCUGGAGAGCCCUCAGGAUUUUCUACUACUUGACCACCAGCUUGCCCCCGCUGCAGCUGGCCGUGUUCUUGGCCCAGAACCAGCCCGAGGUACAAAGUGUCCUACGCGACCACAGCAGCAGCAGCAGCAGCAGCAACAGCAGCAGCAGCAGCAGCAGCGGUGGGCGGGGCCUGCUAGGCGGAGGGGCAGCAGGUGCUGCGGGGUUUGGGUCGCGUGGCGUGGAGGCUUCUCUGCGGGAGCACGAGCGGCAGCAGCAGCAGCUGCUGCUGGAGUGGGGGCGGCAAGACCCGCUGGGUGCGCGGCAGCUGCUGCAGCAGCAGCAGAAGCUGCAGGUGGAGAAGGAGCGGCAGCGGGGAGUGCAGCAGCAGUCCUUUCUGCAGCCGCAGCGAGCCAUUGACUACCCGCGUCUGUUUGGCUACACAGACUUGCUGCUGCUGCCGUUC